GCGACAAGCGAGCGCUUGUUGACUCGCUUGCUCAGUAUCAGCCGGAGCUCGCCGUGCAAGGAACAAAGCAACAAAGCUGGAGCUAUGGGAAUUAAUGCAGCCGACAUAGACGACCAGUCGCUUCUCCCUUACUAUUUGAAGCCCGUCGACUUGGUGAAAGCGGCCGCGAGGUGUCUGCAGCGGUGGAGCUUCUUGUACCAGUAAAAGAAGCGAAUCGGCGGCGAUCCAUAUGGGGGGGUCGUUGCCGAUUCUAGCGCAGUAGGGGUGCGUCGAGCAGGGCAGUGGCACAAUGCGGAGUGAUGCAGCUCGCUUCAAAAACACGGUGAAAUGAACCAGUGUGCGAGCAAUGGACGCCUGGCAUCUCCAGCAGUGGCCACCAGCAAACUCUCUAUCGCCUAGCCCUGCCAGUUAAUAUGGGAGCUUUUAGUUUGUUGUGGUGCUUUCUUCCCUCGCUCGUAGCUUGGUCCGCAGCGACGAUGAAUUGGAGCAUCCUGACGCUGCUGUUUGUGUUACUUGGUGACAUUACAGCUCGAGUAGAACCAACUUCAAAAGCUGCUUUAUCCCAUCCUGGUACAUAUUCCCACAUCGACCGUGCAACAGGGAAGCAAAUUUAUUGUAAUAAGUGCCCUGCAGGAACCCACGUGUCUCAACAUUGCACGCCAACAUCAUUGCGAGAGUGCACACCUUGUAGAAAUGGAACUUUCACCAAACAUGAGAAUGGCAUUGUACAUUGUCACACCUGCAUGCCCUGUGUGACCCCAAUGUUGGAGAAGUUCCCCUGCACUGCCUUUUCUAACCGUGAAUGCACCUGUCCGCCUGGUACCUUUCUCUCUAAUAAAUCGUGUGUGGCCUACACAGUUUGCGCCAUUGGUUGGCGUAUCAGAAAGAAGGGAAGUGAGACAGAAGAUGCCAAGUGCAAACCAUGUCCUCGUGGCACUUUUUCCAAAGUGCCUUCUAGUUCAAGGUGCAAGGCUUUCACCAAUUGUUCAGAUCAGGCACUGGUGAUAAUAAAACCAGGAAACCAAGUAAAGGACAACAUCUGUGGCUUACCAAGCACAAUUCUGAGUAUAGCUACAAACUCGCCAAGCACAGAGUCAACACAUGACAACAAUGCAGUUUUACCUGAUGCCUCCAAUCUACCAGGUAUUCAUGACCAAUCAAGCACCACUGCUACAACAGCAACAACACAUCCAAACAGUGGAGUCACCAAAGGAGCAAACCUUUGGCAUUCUACCCACUUGCGCCCAAAUACUGCUAUUUCAGCUGCAAUGAAUUUUCUGCCGGUGAUUGAAAUCUCAAGCAAAGAUGCUGAUUCCAGACCUCGCAGGAAAGGCCCACCAAGACCAAGCGCACACAAGCACUUUGACAUCAAUGAACAUCUACCUUGGAUGAUUGUCCUUCUUCUACUGUUGGUGCUGGUGGUGACGGUGGUCUGUAGCAUCAAGAAAAGCUCUCACAUGCUGAAGAAAGGCCCCAAACAAGACCCCAGCAGCAUUGUCGAGAAAGCCGGCCUCAAGAAGCCAAUUUCCUCGACCCCAAAUAAAGAGAAAUGGAUAUAUUAUUCCAAUGGCCAAGGUGUUGACAUUCUGAAACUUGUGGCAGCUCAGAUUGGGAGCCAGUGGAAGGACAUAUAUCAGUUUCUUGCUAAUGCUGCUGAACGGGAAGUAGCUGCUUUCUCCAAUGGGUAUUCGGCCGAUCAUGAACGAGCUUACGCAGCCUUACAGCACUGGACCAUUCGAGAUCCUGAAGCCAACCUGGCAAAACUCAUUAGUGCUCUUCGUCGCUAUAAGCGAAAUGAUGUGGUGGAAAACAUCAGGGGUCUUAUGGAGGAUACCUCCCAGCUGGAUGUAGAGAAGCUUGCUCUGGCUCUCAGCUGUAAAAAUGGUCUGACUCCAAAUCCAGCUGUUCCCAACAUGUCUGUUGAACCAUUUUCAGCUGAGAAGACGAAAGUCUUUUUUGUUGAUGAAUCAGAACCUCUCCUUCGCUGUGACUCAACUUCAAGUACUUCAUCUUCAGUUCUUAGUAGAACUGGAUCCUUCAUUUCCAAAGAGAAGAAAGACACAAUUUUACGGCAGGUACGAUUAGAUCCUUGUGACCUGCAGCCUAUUUUUGACGACACGCUUCAUAUUCUGAACCAGGAGGAGCUUGGACUGAUAGAGGAAAUACCCCAUGCAGAGGACAAACUGGACAAGCUCUUCGAGAUUGCGGGAGGCAAGAGUCAGGAUGCCAGCCAGAAACUCCUGGACUCUAUUUAUAGCCACCUACCCGACCUCCUCUAAUCUCGUGCGACAAUGUACAUGAUUAGUUAUAAUUGUUGAUGAUGGUCAAGGCAAUUCAGUGCCAGUAAUGUAAAACAUGUCUUGAACUCGCUCAAGCUGUUUCUGGCAAAUAGCUCACAUCAAAGUGGUGAGGCUCUUGGGUAAUUCACUUUGCUCUCCUAAGCUGGAAGUUUGCUUCCACUAAUCGAAGCAUGGCAUCCACUUGGCAUGCAGAAGCCAGGCAUUUGGUCAGCCUUUCAUUGCUUAUUUUUUUUUGUCAUUAACUGAAACAGCAUUCCUGAGCAAAUUGUGCACUUGUUAAUAUUCCAUUUAUUGCAUUUAACUGAUAUGGGAUAUUAUUCUAUGUACUUGUGCGCUAACUUUUAAACAAUUCCUUGAGUAAAAUUGGAAUAGUGAUGCUUCUAUGGAGCUUGCUUUGAUUUGAAUUUUCUUUAAAUGUGCUUAAGUCUGGAUGCUAACUGUUCUGCUUUUUGAUGCUAAAUCAUGUUCGGUUUCAUUUUCUCCGUUUUAUUGAUGUGUUGGGGAUUUUUGCUGUUGAAAUGGCUGCAGAAGUAGCUCUGAUUCUUAAUAUCGUACACUUGGAGCUUUGAUAAUCAACAUAGUACAUGAAACCAGGCUGCUGUACUUGUUACCUUUUCACACCUCAAUCCAACAGCUUUCCAAAACAGGAAUGAAAUGAACAUUGAUGAGGACUGCUUAAUAGGAUGCCACAAAGCGAUUCUGGGAUAUUGUAUUAAAUUGUCAUAGCUGGUAGAAUGCUGUUUGUGGGAGAAGCUGCUUUAUGGUUAAUUUCCAAGAGAGAGAAUCUUGACAUUGCUUCACCAGUUGGGGCGAUAUAGCUGGAUAUAUAUCGAAUUGGGCUGGUGCUAUACUUGGAUCUUUUAGUAACUUUAGUGGUACUAAUAUUGUCGCUAAUAUGAACGAAAACAAAACUCUUUUUCGCAAACUUGUCAGAAAAGAUGGGAAAAGGAUAUGCUUGAAUUUUAAAAACUCCUUGGAGCAAGUCCGUUACUGGUCGAGGGUUAUACUAAUUUAUUCAGGGUACAAAUAAUUAUGUGUUUAUUACUAUAUCUGGUUAAAAUCAUGCGGCAUUUAACUCCACAUACUAUAUCACUGAUGUAAACUAUUAACAGAGUACAUCCUAAUAAAAGUUCAAACUGCUUUUUUCCAUAAUAAA